UGGAGCCUGCCGGCAGAAGCCGAGAAGAAGAAGAGGAGGAAGGCGCAAUUGAUCUUCUAUUUGGGAUCACACAAAAGUUUUUGACUGUUUGUGUAUUCGUGAUUUAGUCUAACGAAAUCAAAAAGCUUAUUAACCUUCUCUUCUUUUAGUCUAACGAAAUUUCUACUCCUGAUUUAGCUCCCCGUUCGUUGUGUCGACUGGAGCAGCAGAGGCUGGAUAACACUGGCUUAGUUUCAUUCCGAAUUCCAGGGGGGUUAAUUAAUUAGAAGCUGAAACAAUGGAUGAAGAAUUAGAUCAUUACAGUAUUCUUGGGUUGCCAUCUGGAGAAGAAGGGGCAAAACAUUCAGAUAUAGAAAUAAAAAAAGCCUAUAGAAAGAAAGCUUUGGAGUUGCAUCCUGACAAAAGACAAGAUGAUAAACAGGCUCAUGCUGAUAUUCAACAACUUAAUGCAUCAUAUGCGAUUUUGAAAGAUGAAAAAGCUAGAAAAUUGUUUGAUGAUCUCCUCAGAGUUAAACAAAAGAAGAUUCUCCGCCAGUCACAGUCACAUCGUGAUAUUGUACGUGAUCCCAAGCGUCAGAAAAUGAUGUCGGAUCUUGAAGAAAGAGAACAAGCCGCUUUUGCAAGUGAUCCUGUGGCUAAGGCACGUGAAGAAGAAGAGAUAAUCGCUAGGAAGCUUAAAGAAGAGAUUGCAAGAAUUCGAGCAAUGCAUACCAAAGCUGUUCCAUCAACAACAUCCAACAUGAAAGAACAGGCAAAGGUGGGAGGGAUGGAGAACAAAGGAAGUUUUGAUGUAGACAAAGAGAAGGUGCUAAAGGUAUCUUGGGAGAAGUUUGGGGAGGAUUAUACUGCUCAAAGACUAAGGGAGUUGUUUGAGAAAUUUGGUAAAGUUGAAGAUGUUGUGAUUAAGAGUUCCAAAAAGAGAGGUUCUGCACUUGUUGUGAUGGCCUCUAAGGAGGCAGCUUUUGCUGCCACUGGAAGCGUCAGUGGUUCUCUCUCAAAUCCUCUUCUAGUUCAACCUCUUCAUCCAGUUGCAGCUUCUACUUUCCAAGUUCCCCAAGACAAAAAUGAGAGAGAGGAGGCAAACUCCAGUAAUUUUGCUGGUGCUGGAUAUCAAGCAUUUGAAGAUUCAAUUUUGAAGAAACUUGAAAAGGCUGCACAAAAGCAACAUCUGUAGAAGCUGGAUCGCUACCGUUUGGAUUAAUAGCUUACAACUGCUAGAUGAUGAAUUUGUGUAAUAUUUGGAAGUCAUAUUUGUUCUUUACUUCAUUCAUUAGCUGAAAUACCCUUAUGUUAACAAAGUGUUCCAAUUGAUACCAAACAAUUAUACUGUUAAGGGGGUUUGUUUUUAAGUUUAAUAGGUAGCAAAAAAGGUACAAUCAUUGAAAAUUGAAAAUUAGGUUUUGCUUGAUUUAGAGCUGAACAAAAUAAUACAGCAUAAAAUGAAUUUAUUUCAAUGGUUUCUAGUUAAAUGACUAUUCCGUGUUGUAUCUA